AUGGCGGCUUUCUCAUCUGCCUCCGCGACGGCAAUUGCCCUAGCCGCACUGUCUGGAUGUUGUGUACUGGGCCGGUUGUUGACUCGCAUCGCCUUUGUGCAUCAUGUCGGACCGGAGGAUUGUCUAAUUGUGCUUGCCUGGGCGGCCGCGGUGGCAUUGGCGGCGGUCACGCAACAACAGAACCACACCGUCUCCACGACUGGACAGUCCGAUGAGGAGCAAGUCCGUCUGAUCAGUCUGUUAAGACAACUCUGGUCGACGAAUAUCACUUACAACCUGGCCGUCCUGUUGCUCAAGGACUCUUUACUGUUCCAGUACCUUCGUUUCUCGAUCGAUGUUGGCUACCGUCGCGCGUGCUGGGCUUUGGGCUCCAUCAUUACGGGUUACGGACUAUCCGCUUUACUCGUCGGGAUCUUCUCAUGCCAACCCGUUGCCUACAGUUGGAACAGCAAUAUCCACGGAGGCAAAUGUGUCGACUUCCUUGCAUUUUGGCUAUUCAACGCCUCAUUCAAUUCUGCCACCGACAUCAUUGUCUGUGUGUUACCGAUUCCGGUGCUGAAAGCGUUGCAACUGCCUAGACAUCAACUGGGGAUUCUGGCUGGUGUAUUCCUUCUUGGAGCUUUUGUUUGCGUGGCAUCCAUCAUUCGCAUAUUUGCCGUCUACCGAGCGACAGCUCACAACCACACUGAUCCGGCCAUCGCCAUCUGGUCGGCCGUGGAGGUCAACAUUGGAAUCAUCUGCGCCUGUCUACCGUCUCUCCGUCAUCCAAUCACACAAUACUGGCCACGGAUCCAGGCCCGACAUUACCGGCGGACACCUCACGAAUCUUUACCAGACACGGAUGCCAGCAUCAACUUGACCAGACUGAAGUACUCCGGACCGGUCGUGAAAUGUUUAGAGAGAAACUUGUCACGAAGCAGCAGCCUUCAAAGCAAAGGAGAGAGCACAUCUUCGUCUCAACCAACACUAAGCGGUGACAUGGAUGCUACUGCUACUGCUACUGCGUUUGCUUUGGACGAUUCGACACCUUACAGCGCAACUGCGGGCCCCAGUGGCCCAGCAUCAAAUGACAAUUCCUACUCGCAACAUUCGGAGGCUGCUGACCCCUGGAAAUCAAGUUGGCCGAUGAUAUCGACCGUCACGGAAAUCAACGUGUCAGAAGAUGACGGCGAGUCUGGCCAAGAAGACGGCACGACAGAACAUAUCAACCCCUUACCUCUCCCUGCCGUCCCUCUACCAGGCGCACGACCAUUAGGUCCGCGUCCGCCGGCUCUACAAAAGCAACCGAACUCUUCUGGCCCUCCUCCAGCCGUGGCGCCGCCACCACCUGUGGUGUUGAGGAGCCACAAGCUAAGCAAAUCCAAAGGCUUGGGCUCGUCGCGCCCCGUGUUCCCUAUGGCAUGUAUUCCCGAAUCCAGCGGCACCAGUACCCCUGAUAUCGUGGGUGAGGGUGAAGAAGUAGAUGGGGACCAACAUCACGACGGCGGGCACGAGGAUAACCCAAACGACAGGGACCAAGCAGACCACGACCGGCAUCAGCAUGGUGAGGACGACCAUGACCACAUCCAUGACCAUGAGUAUCAACACGAUACCAAUAACCAGAGCCACUACCCCUCUCGAAGAUACAGCCAUCGGCUCACCGAUGAACCGACAAUUGUCAUUCCUCCUCAACAUUCAAUCUCCCAGUCAUAUCCAUACACUCAUCCUCAAUCGCCAGGAUCGCCGAGUUCAACCUAUACCAGCACCUCCAUCACGACCGUCAGCAGUCACAACACCAACAGUGUCACGCCAUGGGCCACGACGGAUUGGGCAAAAGGCUCAGCGACCCGCGCCAGCAAGACAUACAGCUACGAAAUCCUCGGCGGGCCACGAGCUCUGGAAGCGUCGUCGUUGUGGGCUUCUUCGCAACCUUCCGCCGCGGGAUCAAUAGCAACGAUAGCAUCACAUUCGACGAGCGCGAAGUCUCCUUCGUUCUCGACAUCAACGCCGACCGCCAUUCCAGUGGCAGCGGCAAUGACGACGACAACGCCGAUAUCAACGCCAAUAAAGUCGACACCGACACCAACGUCGCCGCUGGCAAAGGUGAUGUCGAGAACAAAGUCAAGAACGAAAUCGAAAUCAUCACCGACCAGUGAAACGACAGCAUCCGCCGCAGUAACUCUCGACUACACCCACGACAAAGACAUCGACACCGGAAAUAAAAACGAUAUCGAAAAUGAAUACCGCAAUGUCAAUGUCAUGCCAUACGCGAACCAUGGCUACGCUCCAGCUUCGCCCGUUCGACCAGGCUCAAAUCAGCCCCAGACCCAGACCCAGAAUCAGACUCAGACUCAAACACAAACACCAUCCCCCUAUUCGAGAUUCGGCCCAAGACCUACCUACCCUCAUACUCAGACCCAGACUCCGACCCAGACACCGGCCAAGACUCAUACUCCGACUCAUACUCCCAUGCCCAAAUCCAAAUCCAAAUCUGGUCCGGGGACACCACACGUCUCCAGACCGGCUCUCGCCCAAACCAGUCCCGGCGCCGGUCUAGGCGUGAACCUGAACCUGGCCCUGAAGCUUGGUCCAUUCCAACCCAAACCCUCCAAUCAAUACCCUCACAUGAGCCCACUUAGAGGUGCAGGUGUAGGUGCGGAUAUGGGUAUGGGUAUGAGUUUAGGUACGGAUACAAGCCCGGACAGCUGCUAUUCAGAGUCAGACACAUAUCCACAAUCAGACGCGAGCUUAGCGAACUCGAACUCGAAAGCCAAUGUCCAAAUGACGGACAAGUACGCGCGCGAACAGAUGCGCCGGGAACAAGAACGUGCCCGGCGAAAACGGCGCGAACGCGAACGGGAACUGGAGAGGAUGCAGGAGCGGGAGAUGCAGAGGACGAAACGGGAGCGUGACUGGGACAGCGGCGAGAGGCCUUUGGGACCGAGAGAGAUGAGAUGA